AUGGUAAUUAGUAUCCCUAUACAUGGUACAACUCAUCCAAUCCAAGCGCGGGGAACAACACGCAACUCUUGUCACGAAGCAUGGAACCUGCACCUGAGCAUCUCGGAGUCGUGCCAAACAGCAGCACACCUGUUGCCUAACGAGGAAAAACACGCAGUCGAGCUGGUUUCCGAGGUUCAUGAGACAAGAUCGGACGCUUGUUCCUCUGAUGAUCAGGAAAGAGUGGCGACAAGGAAGCACAAGGCCGAGGCCAAAGCAAGUGAAGGUGGAUCCGAACAUUGGGCAAAGAGGGCCAAAACGGAGACUGAGGAGAGAGCUAAGGAUGUGAAGAAGGCCAAUACAGAGACUGACAAGAGAGCCGAUGAUGCGAAUAAGGCCAAUACCGAGGCUGAGGAGAGAGCCGAGGAUGUGAAGAAGGCAAAAGCCAAGGGUAUGGAGCAAGCUGAGGAUGUGGAGAUGGAAGAAAGCAAGAACAACAAGGGAGAGGAAAAUGAGAAUGAGAAGUCUACUGAGGAGAUCAUAGCAGAGUUUGAGAAUAUCUGUAAAGCCAUGAGCGAGCAUCUAUCACUUCGGCAGAUGCGUGAGAUUCUGGAGGCAAAUGGCGAAGUGAAUGAUGCUGUAGUCCCUGGAUGUCAAGAUGUUCUAUUUUGUGGGACGUCAGACAAUUGCCCUGCUUGUGGUGGCACUUUGAAGAUGUCCUAGAGGAACUUUUCAAGUUCGGAUGUAUAUACUGAGUGGUCUAGCUACACUUUUACCUCUGAUCCCCAAAAAACAGGCUAAUCUGGCAGACUCUGUCAAGGACUCUGAUGUUGCUGGUUGAAGCCAUACUGGAAGUCAAAGAUUAAGGAAGCUGGGGAAAGGUUGCAAAAUCGGUGAUGGGCUCGUUAAUGAUACAGUUCGCCUUUCUUAGGUACUAAGCAGCUUAGGGUGUGUGCCACUUUGCAGGGGCGACUUUCCUGAUCGUGUCUCCAGCAGCUGAGCGGGAACGUGGUGGCUGACUGAGGCAAUGUGAGAAUUGCUGAGCAUUUCAUUGUGUUUAUCUCCUGGUAGGACUUAGUUCAGGGGAUUUGGUGCUGGUGUUUUGCUUCAAAUCAAUUGUCCCGAGACAAGAUUUCAUGGAUAGGGGAAUACACUUGAAGAGAUGCAAGAGCUAUUUCUCAAACUCUUGCUUUAUUAUCAGGAAUCAGGAUGAUGGAGUAGUUGGCAUUUCUGACUUUGUAUGAUGAUGACUGAUUGAGGGUAUUCUACCGGAAUUCGCACAAACACAAAGGACGAUGCUAUGAUCCUCUGUUUGAUCGGUGUAAGAAGUUGGGUUGCUCUCUGUCUCUCCAGUUGAAAAUAGACGCUGAAACUACAAGAUGGUUACCUAUUAGUUGCAGACGUUUGCCCUCAUUUUGUUACUAGUGGGAGUUGCAUCUUUAGGUGAAGUUGUUACAGAGCUAACUGGUGCUCCAGAGGCACAUGGAUUCAUCACUAACCUCAUCGGCGCAUUCAUGUUUCAUUCUUAUCAUGGUAUAACUGUCCAGCCAAACAUGGUCUGGGCUCUGCAAAUGACGCAGCAGAGCUGGUAAAGAAGAAAUGCGAACCGGACGAGUCAGAGCAUUCUACCUCAAGGUUCGUAUAAGGCCCAUAGUGGCUAUGAAGGUCGAGGAACGGAUAUUGAGUACGAUACAGCUUCGCACUGGCUGCUGCCAGAGUCUGAAUAGCGCUAGCCGUUCCUAACUGUUGAAGUAGUACUACAUGGUUUUGUUCCUUUGAAUCUCACUCUUGGUAAUAUGUUCCCCUUUCUUUUUCAAAGAACUUAUGUUGAGAAGUAUGAUCUGGGAGAGUUGGUAAUUGGUAUGAAUCAUCAAUGCUGCUGUUCAAUUAUUUGAGAUGAUUCAU